AUGCUCGUUUGCUGGUGGCUCCGCUGCAACAAGAAAUCAGCUGGCAGAGCUCAUCGCCAUGGUUCAAUCACCAAGGUUGCCCUUACUGGUAACAUUAUGAACGGUAUUCCUGGUGAGACGAGUAAGCUGCUAUCUACGGACACCUAUGGACGCACUGUUAUGAACCCCUAUGAACAUAUGAAUGGCCAAGGAAACGGACAUAUGGAAUCGUCGAUGGAUCAUCUGUACCCGUUACCACGAAGUCAAUCACGUUCUGGUGCAGCAAACUACGCCCCAGUCCCAGUGCCGUUGCCUUGUUUGCCGUCCAGUGGAGGAAUACUCAGUGGACAUCUCGUCACACAUCCAGCUGUUCCAAUCUCUGAAUUAGCAGCGCAUAUUGAACGGCUCCGUCUCAACAAUAACGCUGGCUUCCAGCAGGAAUUUGAGUCGAUAGAAACUGGUCAGCAAUUCACGUGGGAGAACAGCAAUACCGAUAUUAAUAAACAUAAGAAUCGUUACGCUAAUGUGGUGGCUUACGAUCAUUCCCGAGUGGUGCUGUCCUCCAUCGAUGGGAUCCCUGGUACCGACUACAUCAAUGCGAACUACAUUGACGGUUAUGAUAAGCCCAAGGCCUAUAUAGCCACCCAGGGACCAUUGCCGGAAACGUUUGGAGAUUUUUGGCGAAUGGUGUGGGAAGAAGGAUCGUCAACGAUUGUUAUGUUGACGAAUCUGGAAGAGCGCUCAAGGGUGAAAUGCGAUCAAUACUGGCCAAGUCGCGGCAGCUCGACCUAUGGAGAGAUCCAGGUGACACUGUUGGAGACGACUGUACUGGCUCAUUACACUAUGCGGGCGUUCCGGAUACAAGUGGUUGGAGAGAUGGAAAUGCGGGAAAUACGACAUCUUCAGUACACGGCGUGGCCUGACCAUGGCGUCCCUGAUCAUCCGACUCCGUUCCUCAUUUUCCUGAAACGAGUGAAAACUCUGAACCCGCCGGAUGCUGGACCAAUCAUUUCCCAUUGCAGUGCUGGAAUAGGCAGAACGGGAGCGUUUAUUGUGGUGGAUUGCAUGCUUGAAAGGCUUCGUUACGAGAACACCGUCGACAUUUUCGGUUGUGUGACGUCGCUGCGAAGUCAACGAUCAUACAUGGUGCAGACUGAAGAUCAGUACGUCUUCAUCCACGACGCCGUGCUUGACGCAGUGAACAGUGGCUCGACGGAAGUACCAGCUGUAAAACUGAGGCAACAUGUGAUGGCAUUGCAACAAGUGGCUCCAAUGGAAGGAGCAGCAGGGAUGGAACUCGAGUUCAGGCACUUGUCAACGCUGAAGUGGGCAAAUUCUCGAUGUUCCGUGGCGAAUUUGUCGGCAAAUCGUCAUAAGAAUCGACAGUCUGCCGCUGUUCCAUAUGAUAGCAAUCGAGUGAUAAUGCAAGUUAUUCCUGGUGUGGAAGGGAGUGACUACGUCAAUGCCAGCUGGGUGGACGGUUAUCGGGAACGGUGUGCUUACAUCGCAACGCAAGGCCCUACGGAGCAAACGGUCGCCGAUUUCUGGCGGAUGAUAUGGGAGCAUGAUUGCGCGAUAGUCGUAAUGCUCACAAAGACGUGGGAGAUGGGCAGGAGCCGAUGUUGUGAAUACUGGCCACAAGAGACGGGAGCACAAGUUGGACAGUUGGUGGUUGAACCGAUUGCCGAGUACAACAUGCGAGAAUAUAUUCUUCGUGAAUUCCGUCUCAGUGAUGUUCAGUCCGGUAUCACGCGUACCGUGCGACAUUUCCAAUAUACGGAAUGGCCAGAACAGGGUGCUCCAAAAUCGGGCGAAAGCUUCUUGGAUUUAAUCCAACAGGUGCAUCGUACGAAAACUCAGUUCGGAGUUGACGGUCCGAUUGUGGUCCAUUGCUCUUCUGGAGCUGGACGAACGGGUGUAUUUAUUGCAUUGUCGAUUAUCAUCGACCGAAUGCGACUGGAGCAUGUCGUCGACGUGUUCACAACGGUGAAAUUGUUACGAACUGAACGGCAGAACAUGGUGGAAGAUACAGAGCAGUACCACUUCCUUUAUCUUGCCGCCUUGGAAUUUCUUUCAUCGUACGAGCACUAUCCGACAGCCUAG